GUGAGAACUGCUCUUGCAGCUGUCUGGGCAGGUUUUGGUCACUAGCAGCAGUCUGCUGCCAUGGCUGCAUUAACAUCAUCACCACAUGUGACUUUCUUCAUGUCAGUAUGGAUAUUUACUCUGGCUGCAGACCAUCACGAGGUAACAGUGAAGGCUGGAGAGGACGUCACUCUUCAGUGUCAGGCUCCCAGAGAUGCUCAGAUUAACAUGUUUGAGUGGAUCAGAUCUGACCUAGAGUCAGAUGGUUACAUCUUCCGGUUCAUACCAGAAGAGUCAACUACGCGAAACCAGCUCCCCUCAUAUCGUGGUCGAGUGGAGCGGAGAGAUCCAGACAUGAAGGAUGGAGACCUUUCUGUUGUUCUGAAGAACGUCAGAGUCAAGGACACCGGAACAUACCGGUGUCGAGUUGGAAUCAGUGGGGGAGAAAAACCUAAAGUCUACAGCACCAUCCAGCUGACUGUCUCAGACCAUCACGAGGUAACAGUGAAGGCUGGAGAGAACGUCACUCUUCAGUGUCAGGCUCCCAGAGAUGCUCAGAUUAACAUGUUGGAGUGGAUCAGACCUGAUCUAGAGUCAGGUGGUCACAUCUUCCGGUUCAUACCAGAAGAGUCAACUACGCAAAACCAGCACUCCUCAUAUCGAGGUCGAGUGGAGCGGAGAGAUCCAGACAUGAAGGAUGGAGACCUUUCUGUUGUUCUGAAGAACGUCAGAGUCAACGACACCGGAACAUACCGGUGUCGAGUUGGAAUCAGUGGGGGAGAAAAACCUAAAGUCUACAGUACCAUCCAGCUGAUUGUCUCAGGUGCUUCAGGUGCUCGUGGAAACGGUGGAUUGGCAGCAGGUGUUGUGUUUCUUGUAGUUACUGUUGCUGCAGUGGUUGGUCCUGAUGUAUAAAAGACGUCGGGACAACAGACCAGAACCGCCUGCUGCUGCUGAAGCAGGAGACACUUCAACUCCUCUGACAACUUAGAGAUCUGCUCAGUAAAACCCACAUACUGUUUUCAAGUAAAAAAUUAUUACUAAAAAUACAUUUUACUCAAGUCAAAGUUCUGUUACUUUGAAGACUCCAAUAAUGUCUCCCCUCUGUGAGAGGGGGGGUCUGGGAUCUGAGUCUGGGAUCUGUAUCAUCUGGAGCUCUGAGAUCCAUGAUGAGUUGGUCCCAGACUAAGUUAAUCAGUUCAAAUGAACUCUACCUUUAGAGAACUAGAAUAUUUAACAUGAGUAAAAGUAAUGUUGCUUUAAAGAAAAGGAGAAGUGAUGUAACUUAAAGUACUUUUACUUUUCAAUACAUUUUCCUCAA